AUGGACGCCUCCUCCCUCCGCAUCUCCAAGUUCGAUGGAACUAACUUCCACGCCUGGAAGUUCAAGAUGCAGAUGGUGCUGGAGGAACGGGACCUAUGGGAGGUCGUCAGCGGUGAGAUCAAGGCGGAACAGUGCGAGACUCAGUUGGACCAAGCGACGUACAAGAGGAAGUCAAGAAAGGCGAUGGCAGUGAUCUGUCUAGCCAUGGAAGAUUCCCAGCUACCGUUGGUCCGGUCGGCAAGUGGUGCAUGCGACGCAUGGUCAAGGUUGGAAGACCACUUCGAGAAGAAGAGUCUUGCCAACAAGCUGUUCUUGCGCCGUCGCUUCUUCACGACAAUGAUGGAAGAAGGCGACGAUGUGCUAGAACACAUCAACAAGCUCAAGACGCUGGCGGAACAGCUAGAAGCGGUGGGGGCUCCAGUCUGCGAGGACGAUCUGGUGAUCACACUUCUCGGCAGCCUGAGUGACUCGUAUCAAUUCUUGAUCACAGCUUUGGAGUCGCGCUCAGACACUCUUAGCUGGGAGCUCGUGAUGUCUCGACUGCUUCAUGAAGAAAUGAAGCGGAAGGAGCAAGGAAGUAAAGGUGAUGAAGCUUCGCAAGGUCAAGCGUUCAUCACAAGGGACAAUCAGCGCAAAGGGCGACCAGUGAAGAAGUCCUGGCCGUGCCACAAUUGCGGAAAGAUUGGUCACUGGAUGGCGGAGUGCCCCUCGCGCAUCCAAGAAAACACGGAGAGACACCGGCCACAGCGUGCUCAAGACAGCGGCGACCGCUAUCGAUCACAACGUGCAAACGUCGCUCAAGAAGAAGACUCGGGCGACUACCUCUUUUCGAUCGGUGAAACGACAUCUGCGAAAUCGAGCGACAUCUGGCUGGUCGACUCCGGGGCGACGCAGCACAUGACGUGCUCCAAGAAGUUCAUGCGGAACUACAAGGGGUUUGACGCUGUGGAUGUCCAUCUCGCGGAUGAUGGAAUCGUCCAAGCAAUCGGCAGUGGGGACAUUGUCAUGUCGAUGAAGACACCCCAAGGGAUGAAGAAAGGUGUGCUCACAAACGUGUGGCACAUCCCAAAGUUAUCCAGAAACCUGUUCUCGGUCGGCCGCUUCACCAAGGAUGUCGGCCCAGUGACGUUCACGAAGGAUGGGUGCUAUGGAGAAGCGAAAGGGACCAAGUGGAAAAUUGGUGCCCGUGAAGGUAAAGGACUGUUCAAGCUGCAAAUGACUCCAGUGGCGCCGGAACAAGCAAAUGCAGCCAAGUCGUCGGGAUUGAUGAACUUUAGACUUCUUGGUCCGAGUGCAAAACGCAAAGUGAAUAUAUAUUUAUAA